AUGUCCCGCGGCGGCCUGACCCAAAGCUCGCGCGAUGCGAUCGACGCCACCGUCACUGGUACCGACGCCACCGUCGCUCGCGCGUCCAGAAAACCAGCGGCGCCGCGCACGCGAAGACGCUCACGCGGUCGGAGCCUGACGAACCAAAUCUUCGCCCUGGGUUUUCUACCACCAAAGUUUCGUUUCGGUCUGUUUGGUUUCGCGCUCGGCGUGAGCGCCGCCGCUUGGUUCGCCGUGGAUGAAGUCGACCGACGAAUCAGAGCGCGCGAGGAGGACAAAGCUCGGGAGCGUCGAGCUCGGAGACAACGCGCGUUGGAACUGAGAGAGGCGAACAAACUGAACGGAGUGCCUAUAAUAGAAGAGAUAGAGGACGAGGAUGAUUCGAGGUUUGGAUUGGCGGAUAACGGUACGAAGACGGAGACGGAGUAUAAGAUGGUGUUACUCGUUCGAGAAGACUUGCCGAUGGGGGCUGGGAAGGUUGCGGCGCAGGCGGGACACGCAGCAGUCGGCGCGGUGAGUUUGGUGAUGGAAAAUCGCAUGCUCCUGGGUCGAUGGGAAGCGGACGGUCAGAAAAAGGUGGCGCUCGGCGUAAAGUCGCUGCGGAAGAUGGACGAGCUGGUGGAACAAGCACGCAGAUCACGCCUGAACGUUUUUGAGGUGCUCGACGCGGGGAGAACCGAGGUGGAUCCAGGGACGAAGACGGUGGUCGCCAUCGGACCAGCCGCGUCGUCGGACAUCGACGCGAUUACCGGCGGCUUGCGCUUAUACUGA